CGUCACUAUUUAGUGCACUAUAACGGUGAAAAACAGGACUAUUAGGACACAAAAAUGACAAAACAGCGGUGAUUUCAGAAGCACUGCGCGCGUUGCUAGGCAACCGAUUAUAGAACCCGGAAGUGGUCAUGUCGGAUUUCCCGGUUUGGAGUGUGUUGGUGUGCUCGAUGCUGGCUUUCCUGUUCCUGAUCAUCUCUGUGUAUGCAGUGUAUUCCGGGCUCCUGACUCAGAUCCACAUCAGCACCGGCUCCUCUCCUGUUAAAAGCAUGACUGUAGCCUAUAAAUACAGAGAAGGGCCUUAUAGAGAGUCCGGCCUGCUGUUCGCGGAGAGCUGCAGAAUUGCCCCAGAGCUGCCCAGUGUAGGCGUCUUCUAUGAUGAUCCAAAGAAGGUGCCGGGUCCGAAGUGUCGCUCUGCCGUGGGCAGUAUCCUGAGUGAGGGAGAUCAGAGACCCAGCGCUGAACUCCAGGAGCGUUAUGAGAAGUCUGGCUUUCGUAUUUUCACUUUCCCUGAGGUCACCCACGUGGUCUCAUCUUGUUUCCCCUUCAGAACCCGACUCUCCGUCAUGCUGGGAGUUCUCAGGGUUUACCCACGGCUCGGCGGCUAUAUUAAGGACAGGAAGCUGUGUGCUCACCCCUUCCUCGAGAUCUACAGGAAUCACUUAAUCCACUACCUGAGUCCUCUGUCCAGACAGGGAGACUUCUACGUGCCGGAGGUCCAAAAAGCACCCAAAAGACAAUCGGAAGGUGAAGACUCUGAGGAGGACAAGGGGAGUGACAUCACAGGUGCAGACUCUAUGAGUGAGUCCAGCUCAGUCAGCAUGUCGUCCUUCGAGGAUCUGCAGCUAGAGAUGGAGACAGACGUAACACUCGAUGGUCUGGAGGACGCUAAAAUCAUGUCUCAGUCUGGAGGCCUGGAGGAAGGAGAGGAGUGAUGCGAGACGAGAGCGCUUCCUUGUGUGUCCGGGCUUUUAAGAUGUUUCAGUGGUGAAGAGAACGCUGCUGCAGAGUCUUCUUUCCAACUUUUCUAUCCUGACUCAAACAUAAGGAACGUUCACAUAAUGAACAACCGAUAAAGCAUAGAUGAGAAAAAGAAAAUAACAGUGCUGUGUUUAAGAAAGAUAAAUGUAUAAUCACUGAUCUGGUAAGAUUUUGUAGAAAAAGGAGUGUCCCGUGAGAAUACGUUUCCUAUGAGGAAAGACUUCAGGGCGGAUAAAAACGCUUUCCUCUUCGUCCUCCACCUGUAUCACUUUACUUUGAGAAAGAAAUGUUCUGCAGCAUCACAUUUCAACUACAAACGGUUAAAAAUGUAUGAAAUAUUGUUUAUUAAUAAAUGUAAUGAUUACAAUUGUAACUGUUGCCAAUCUGCUGUGCUGUUAGGGCAAAAAAAACGAAUCAACUUCAGCACCCCUGGGUUGUAGCACCCUGUCCUGGAUUAAUUAUGCUGUAACUAUACACACACACACACACACACACACACACACACACACACACACACACACACACACACACACACACUGUGGCCUUUUACUCCUUAAGUGUUUGGGGAAGAUUUAGAGCUGAUUAAAACCUGAAUGUGGUUUCAGACCAGCGCAGCAUGAGGUCAGAUUAGACGUAACCUUAUCCGAGACGUUUCUGUGUUCCAGUGCUCUCACCUGUAAGACUUGAAAAUUGCACUUGGAAAUUUUUUUUUAUUAAACCAGCUAACCUGGAUUUCUUGAACUUUGAUUAAUUGCGGCAUCUUCCCUCAUUUUUAUGAAAGUGUUUAAAUAUUUCCUAUUUAAAAAAAAAAAGUUUUGUAUCUUGAGCAAGGUGCUGAUUUAAAAAUCUUAAUAAUUUAAUAUUUAAUAUAAAAAGGUCCUAAUUUGAACACCAUUUCAACUGUUGUAUUUUUUAUCCUGUUCCUGUUAGUCACUGCUGCUUUAAAAGAAAAAUAACAUCAAUGUACAGUACUGCAUCAGAUAACUGUUACGGUUGGAUUAAUUUCUCUCUAAUGAAAAUCUUCAAUAUGUAAAAUUUCUUGUGUAUUUUUUAGGCUUGACAUUUGAUUAUUAAAGCCUUAUAUUUUUAUAUAUUACGAUGUACUAAAAAGAUGAUUUCCCCUGAGUGAGGAUCUGACUUGAAUCAGACAAACAGUAU